UCUGUUCGGUAAGCCUUGAUUCUGCCUGGGUGGAAUAGUUUUGCUGGCAUUAGUCCAUUCACCUAUUCAUUCAGUGUUGAAAACAAUUCUGACCCCUAACAAUAAAAAAAAAGCUGGUCCUAAUCGAUAAGGUGCUGGUAGCAUUUUACCUUCUCCUACCUCAGUAUUUUUUUUCAUUUGCUGCUUUCUAUAUUCCUACAUAUCUCUUCUGGUGAUUUGUUUUGGUAUUUCGGGAAAUGUGUUGAUCGUGACGUAUGUUGCAGGCAGACACCCUGGGGGAGGGAGGAGAAAGCCCCAGAGCCAGCGAGCUGCAGAGCAAAGUGUUAGCGGAGAGCAUUAGGACAGGGUAACAGUGCGGAAGCAAGCGAGAGGGGAAUAAUUGCAGCAGCAAUGUCCAAUCUGAAGAAAAAUGAAAUGGAAAUCAGGGACAAAGCUAUCUUGCACCAGCAGAGGCGGCUAAAGCAAGCCACACAGUUUAUUCAUAAAGAUUCAGCAGACUUGCUCCCUCUGGAUGGGCUGAAAAGAUUGGGAACAUCAAAAGAUCUGCAACCUCACAACAUUGUUCAAAGACGGUUACUCGAGAGCAACAUCACCAAGUUACAUGGGGACCGGAGGGACGUAGAGUCUGUGAGUCAGUCACCACUUGCUGAGGAGACAAAGUGCAGUACACACAAGGAUACUGCACGUUCAAAUCAAAGGAACACACUCAGCGUUUUCUGCAAGUGCUGUGACCAAGAGAUCAAAGUCACUAUCAACACAGGCUGCCAACAGAACACAAUCUCUGCCAGUUGCUUGAACAGAAUAGGUUUAAAGGAAAUGCCUGCAGCGGAGAGUGAAGACUGUGGAGAUAACAGAUCCAAAGAUAGUUCAAAACCAAUGGAACGAGUGGAGACAUUAGAAAUCAUGUUGGGGAAAGAGAAAGUAGAGUGUUCAGCUCUGGUAGUAGAUAAUGAGGAUUGUGAGCUAUCUCUUGGUCUUCAGACACUGCUGUCUCUCAAAUGUGUGAUUGACUUGGAGAGAGGAGCACUGCUGCUGGGAAAGUCAGAGACUCACCUACCAUUCUUAAAUGUGUCAGAGGAAGAGGAGAAUGAAGAGGAGGAAGAAAAAGAGUGAAAAAAACACUAGAACCUAGUAUUUUGAACAAAGAAAAGCACAUAUGACAGAUUGACAACAUGAGGUUACUUGGUCUCUGUCUUUUUAUGAGCCCCUGCAUCUGCUAUAAUCUUUGGCUUGUCUCACUGCAGCAGAAAUGCUAGCUGAGAUGAGGAAAGGACAAUUAUAUAAGUUGCCUCUCCUUUCCUACCAUCAUCCUCUCAAAUCACCAAAAGGUUUGUCCAUGUCAGGUUUCUAACUA